CGCUAGUCCCGUGAUACCUUCGAAGCUCUGGCCAUACAUUUGAGUCCAGCUUUCUACCUGCAACUUCUGUUCUAAGCGCUCAGUGGCACACAAGGAAGAAAUUUUGACGAAAUGCCUAAACUUCUUUACAUGAUUGACCUCUUACUAUGUCACGCCCUGUGGCCCACCGUUGACUGUAGCUCGGCCCCAUGCGCCAAUCAGAAAACGAUCAUUUCUCACUCGGAGAUCCCGAUACCCCUCGAUUUACGUAUAAAAGUUUUUCAUGCUUAAAUGCUAAAAGUUCGGAUCAGAUUGCUAUUUGAGUGUGUCGGGUGAUGACUCACCACGCCAUAGAAUAUAUAAAUAUGUCUGGAACCCCUCAGUACUUUCUGAGCAACCUAACCACAAUCUCAGCCUUGUUAGGCCUUAAUUAUUCGUUCAUUCUUUAUUUACCUAAUUCAAUCACUAUUAUCAAACAAGACGCCAUGUAUCUCCGUGCAAUUCACGCAGAGACAUCGAUCAAAGCUCUUUUUGAGCUGAUCCAAAACAGUCCCCUAGGCGUGGUCACCACCGCCAUUCCCUCCACUACACAGCACUUCUUACAGUCAAGUCACAUUCCCUGGGUACUGGACAUCAUCUCCGACGACCCCAAUGCGCCAGUAAAAGGAAAGCUGCGUGGCCAUAUGGCCAGGGCAAACCCUCACAGCAAGACUAUGAUCGAUGCUCUGAACGAGGCUGGUCUACCAUCCGCCUCCCCGCUGCAACAAGAAGUCCAGGUUCUGUUCACCACGACGACGAACCAUUAUGUGACUCCCAAGUUUUACGCCGAGACCAAACCCACCACCGCCAAAGUGGUCCCUACCUGGAACUAUGCUGCGGUUCAGGUCCAUGGCAAGGCUACGAUCUACCAUGACAGCUCGGCGCCCGAGACCUCGGAAUACCUCUCCAAGCAGAUUCAUGAUCUUUCCGAACUUUGCGAAACAUCAAUCAUGGGCUAUACCGGACAGGGAGAUAAGCCGGAAUCGUGGAAAGUGACCGAUGCGCCGGACCGGUAUAUCGAUAUGAUGAAGAAGAGCAUCAUCGGUAUUGAGAUCAUCAUUGAGGAUAUCGGCGGCAAGUAUAAGAUGAGCCAGGAAUCGAGCAAGGGGGACCGAGACGGUGUUAUUGCUGGUUAUGAGAACCUUGGGACCGAUAUUGGUCGGGACAUGGCUGCUCUGGUGCGGGAACGGGGCGAGAUGAAAGAUGCGGCCAAGAAGUAAGAUGUUAUUAUGUCGUAACCAACUAGAACAAUACCCUUAGAAUUAUUCGUUAUUAAAAACUCCUUUUAACGACACUAUUGUUUUCUUGAAAUACUUCUCAGUCGAAGCUUACGUAGGCAAUCUCAGAAUUGGUGGCCUAAGCGUCGUUUUCUCCCAUUCUAGUAAAUUCGAAUACCCAUGUAAAAAAUGGAAAAUCGUAAAAGACGAAAGCAUUUAUAGCAGCCUCUACAUCGUUUUCGUGGCAAGUACUGGGCACAUAACUCAACGAAGUAACGAAAUA